AUGCGGAAUCCCUGCUCCGCCCUUCCCCGCCGCCUCCAAAUCGUCGUGACCCUCACCACCACCCUGCUCCUCGCCAUCAUCCUCCUCCUCGCCAACUCCUCUACCGAUCAGCUGGAAUCAGUGCCCUAUGGCCCGCAAUUGAAAUCCGACGUCGACGCUGCCCUCUCCAAUGCGCAGCAAGUCGUCGACCGCCUACCCCAUCUCAACCCCUUUGGCACUCCCGCACAUCCUCCCCCUCCCGAACAAGCCAACAGCGUCAGUGGAGACACACGAUGGUACAGCGAUUGGAAGUGGAGAAAUCCCUUCAGCAGUGAUGUGACGAGGGAUGAGSAACGAGCCGUGUUGCCUCCAUUGCGGGUACGUCCGGCGGUGUACACCUAUUUCGAUCCGGCGGGGAGGAGGAAGGAUGAGGAGAGUCGCGUGGCCGAGCAGGAGUUGCUGAAGACUUGGAGGCGGGCGUGGUGGGCCAGUGGAUUCCACCCCGUCGUCUUGACCAAGAGUGAGGCCAUGCAGAAUCCGCUGUAUCGAAAGGUGCAAGGCAUGGGCCUCUCGGACGGCGUCAUGGGCGAGUUGAUGAGGUGGUUAGCCUGGGCGAGUAUGAAUGGCGGCAUCCUCACCAACUUCUUGGCCGUGCCCAUGGCUGUUGGCUAUGAUGAUGCUACCCUGGCAUAUCUGCGGAGGGGCGAGUAUCCCGUCCUGACGGCCUAUGAGGGUUUGGGGAGUGGAUUAUAUGUUGGGGAUAAAGAGGCUGUCGCUGAUGCGGUGCAUCAAGUGGUCGACUCGCCCGCCCUGAAGAGUGUGGGCAAGUUGGACGAGGCAUUCCCCAAGGAUACCAUCACCGUGGAUGCCCCGCCUGCAUCCAUCGCUUUCUACAGCCUCGCCAACCUCAAGGCCAAGUACGCUCCCAUUCGCGAUCUACUGGAUGGAGGGAAUAUUGGAGAGGCCAUGACGAUGCUACCGGAUCUCAUCACUUCCCAUCUGCACGCCAACUGGAGGGAAGGCUUCCCCAAAGGCAUCUCCGUCGUCAAACCCCUCCCCGCCAAGAGCACGUCUCUGAUUGAAUCCGCCAUUGAUAUUGCCCGCAAUCUCUCGAGUUGUCCCAUCUCCCCCAUCCCCACCUCCUGCCCACCCAAUCGCCCGAAAUGCAAACCCUGCGUGUCGAGUACCAUGGCCAUCAACACCCCCAAGGUCUUCCGAAACGACUCGUCCACCUUCACCAUUGGAAUCGUUCCCCACCCCUGGACCAUCCAAACCAUUGUCAAGGACCGCCAAGACAUGGACGUGGCCUUUAUCCGUCGCAAAACCGAUCGAGACAUCUGGAUCGAAGCCCUGACCAAAGAACUGCUCGGAGCCGGCGUCUCCUCACACAUGCGACUCCCCAGUUUGAAGAAUGCCGUGGCGACGGAAUAUGGAAACGCUCAAUCCCUCUGGUUGACUCCGGAAGCUCCCCUAGAGAUUGAAAGUCUGGAUUGGAUUUUCGGCUUCCGCAUUCCGAGAGAGACGCUCCCGACGGGCAAAUCCGAGACUCCAGUUCCGGGACCCGAGCGCAGACCUCCCAAACCCAAGGCGGAAUUCGGCGAUGGGCCCGUCCCGACCGAGCAGGUGUUGAAGCGGGAGAGGGAGUUGUUCGACUUGGGGAAGCGCUGGUUGAAGGAGAGGAAGAAUGAAGAAAUCCGAGGAGUUGUCGAAGGGUGGAAUUUGGCGGACACCGAGGGGUGGAAGUUUGUCCGGGCGUGGAAUGCUCGGAGGGAGGAGGAGAGGAGGGGUUGGGAGAGGGGAGAAGUUGGGUUUGUUGGGGGGAGGAGGAGGGAUCUGCUGGGGAAGGGCUUGUUGGGGAGGUGGGUGGAUUGA